ACGGCGGCAAUUUAAUUCUGCUUUCUGUUUGUUGUGUUGUCUGCAGAAUCGAAGGUAAACAUUUGACAAAAUCUUUUCUUGGCCUUUUGGCUAAGUAAGAUCACAGUGUUGUGCAGUUGAUGAUAUUUUUGAUUUUCGUGAAUAUAGCAUGGAGUUGAGCUUAUUACUGCUAGCAGUUACAGGAUUGCUUAUAACUGAUAAAGCAAAAAACUCAGAAGGUCAGCUGAUUCCAAUACACCCUGUUGAAGAUGAGCCAGAUUUGGUUAAUGAUGAGACCGUUGAUAAAAAACAUACAUCAUUUACAUCUCAAGAACUUAAGGAUAUUCAUGAUCUUGCAAAAAAUAUUUCUCAUUCGAAAGGACAUAUAACUCAGUCUGAAGAAGGUGAUCCUGAAUAUAGACGUUCUUAUAUGCGAAAAGUUAUCAGAGAGACAAAAUUCGAAAGCUUAAAAUUUUGGUUUACUAAACACAGUAAUUCUUCUGGAGAAUAUUCAGUUUCUGAUUUACAAGAUUUGGAACAUCUGGUUCAUCAGUAUGAUACUGCAAUCGAUUUCAUAAAACUCGGUGGAUUGGAAUUCCUUUUGCCAUUAAUUAGUCAUACGGACCCCGAAAUUUCUUCUGCAACAUUUUCUGUGCUUACAGCUGCUAUGCAAGGCAAUCCUACUGUCCAGAAAUAUGCUGAAGAUGCUCAAAUUCUCAAUUAUAUAUUAAAAGUUCUAAGAAACGCUCAUCGCCGUUCUACUUCUUCACUCUAUACUUUAUCAAGCUAUAUUCGGAACAACCCAGUUUCUCAGCUGAACUUUUUUCGUCAUAAGGGACUUAAUAUAUUAGCUGGAAUAUUGAAAAGUCAAGUGGACAACCUAAAGUCAAAGUUGAAAGUACUUGAACUGCUAUCAGAUUUAGCCUCUGAAAUUUAUAUGGGCCCAGUAACAGCAUAUGAAAAUCAAAAUCAGCUUGCAAAAUUAAAAAGAGCAUUUGCAUCUGGAUUCUCGAAUUUGAACUUAUGUGAAAUAAUUCCUAAGUAUUUAGAUUACGACGACUUUGUAAUCCUUGAAAAAACUAUUUUUGCAAUGAAUUCUGUGGCACCAAAUGUUUGUUCGAAAGAUUUUAAGAAGCCUCAUGUUAUUAAAGUUGUCGGACAGCUAUUACUUAAAUAUGAACCCAAGAAGAAAUUCUGGUUGACAAAACAUGAAAGUGAACUAAGAUGGAUUAUAUGGACAGAAUUGCAAGCUUUAUACGAUGUUAUUAAAAUGUAAAAAAAAGCACCGAUGGUAAUUCUUUGAGAUGGGAAUAUGAAGAAUUUAAAAUGCUUUGUAACCCAGUACAUUGUGCUAAUGGAAGGUAUUGAUUACUUUAUCAUGUGAUAUAUUUUUUCUUACUUGUUCUUGUGGACAGAUGCAAUAAAAUUUUACAUUUUAAUGUC